CACGCUAGUUCGUCUCAACAGAUCACCUGCUAUACACACACACAUUCUCUCUCUCUCUCUCUCUCACAUCGCCAUGGAUAUCUAUUUGUGACGAAACUGAAGAACAAUACGAGUAGAUUUAUGAUUCUUAUUAUCUACAUCAAAGCAUACGGUAGAGCUCCUUUAUGCGUAUAACAACCACCGUGCGCGAUCUAGAACCUACUUCUCGUUUUGUUUCUUGUAGCCAUGUCUGUGGUAGACCCUUGGCCGUUGUUUUGAGAAACCAACCGAUUUACUGUAAUUUUUAUACAAAAUCUUCAACUUCGCACGGAAAGAAACUCGAAGUUUGAUCUGGUUAGUUGAAUUUCUCGUAAAAAGGAUGAAAAUUAGAGGGUUUUUGAUCAAACAUAGAGUCAGUUCACUUUUUCGGCGAGUUUACCGGAGAACUCAAUCGUCGGCAGGUUACAGACGGCUAGAUCGGUCUCCGAGGUGUAUGUCAAAUUUGUUGAAGUGGGGUGCUCGGCUCAAGACGAAAACAAUAGCUUUGUGUUCCAAAAACUCCGAUCUGUCUCGGAAUCCGGUUCCUGAAAAGUUUAUAGAGCCGCCGCGGGUGGCGGUGCCGAAAGGGAAAAUGGCGGUGUACGUCGGUCAGAAAGAUGGAGACUUCAAGAGAGUGUUGGUGCCGGUGAUAUAUAUAAACCACCCGUUGUUUGGUCAACUGUUGAGGGAGGCGGAGGAGGAGUAUGGCCACGACCACCCCGGCGGGAUUACCAUACCUUGUCGGUUUUCGGACUUUGAGAACGUGAAUACUCGGAUCGCCGCCGCAUGCGGUUUCCGGAAAAUGAUGACGUGGAAGCGUCGUUCAUGAUGAUGAUGAUGAUAAAUAUAGGACCAUUUUAGGUUUUUUCUAUAUCUUUGAGAGCUUUUUUAGAGUGAAAGAGGCAAAGAGCUGUAUUGAUUGUAUAUUGUGAAUUAUAAGUAAUACAGUUCUCUGGAUUUGGAUAAUUUUACUCUGAAAACCCAUAUUUCAUUAUUUUGUGCACGUUAAAUCUAUAAAAGUACAAACAUAUAUGUGAUUGUUUAUUUUUGACA